GCAUGCCAACAGCAAAUAAUGGUAGAAAACUAUGAAUGUUUCUUAGUGUAAAACUUUAUGUGUCAAAAGGAAAAAAAUGUUCUCUCCUCUCCAACAGUACAGAAAAUGUUUUCAGAAUUUACCUAGAGACUAGGUCAUGGACUUGGCCCAGAGAAUUAGGAUGGUUGGGAGGAGGGCACAGCCCAGGCAUCCAACUUAAGAGAUUCAUGGUCACAUGACCACAACUGAACUAGAAACGUUACGUCAGGAUUGACCACUUUGGCUAAACCACAGACUUUGUCCAGACAGUCUGCCCACUUAGUUAUACUCCAAGGGGCUCAUCAGACGGUUGGGAGGAGCUGGAACACCAAAAUGAUAACCUCCGUGUCGACUCCCAGAGGUCCAAGCCAUCCAUUUUUCCCAUUUAGUUAAAGGCUAUCGUUGCCCGCCACUAGCACGACUUACUUGGUAGGAGGGAUGUCUGUAGAGAAAAGGUCUAUUUCAGUAUCAGCCAGCAAAACAGCCUUCAUUCCCCUAGAGCUGAGCACUUGUUUACAGAAUUUGCAACACAGGAUGGACACACACCGGUCCUGGAAACUACAACUGCUGAUUGACAUUGCGUCCCAGAAGGAUGAGGUGUGGGACUUCGAAAAAGGAAACAAGAGCAAGACCUUUCCCAGUUCGAUUCACUCAGGCUGAAGAUCAAGUUGUUAGGCCUUGAGUUUUUUUUUAGCCCUGAACUUGGGAAGGAAAUGAGUUCUUUUCUGUUUUCCCGGUGGGAGAGUAAAAGUAAUAUUUAUCGAGUAGGAACAGAGAGAAGCAGCAAAAUUGGCUUUCCUUUUGAACUUGCGGGAAAACCAGUGCAGUUGGAAGCGAGGAGGAGGCAAGCUGCAAGGGAAGUCCUUUACAGCUUUCCCUUUCUCCUGUCUAGAAGGAUCCUCUACUCCUUAGCUCCCGCCCCUUCAGUGAUUUCCUUAACCUUCUCUGGUAGUCUCCUUUAUUUAAAGCCUCUCCUCUGAGAACGUCCUCUCUCCCAGCAUUACUUCCCUCUCUCAGAGCGCCUCAACUCUCCUCUCUCGGAUCGCGGGCUCAGGGACCCCACCCACGCCUGUUCUUUGGAAACCUUUCUUCUCUUUCCCGGAUUCAGAAAUCCCCUCAGCUUUUUGCACCGGAUGAUCCCUGGUUCUCAGUCCUUUCUCUCUCCCGCGAUCCUCCUCCGUCCGCGGGCCCUCGCGCGCCCCCAGCCCUCAGCGUGCUCACUCUCGCGCCGUUAGUUCGUGUCCUCCCUCCCCUUAGCUCUCCCUCGUGGCCCCUCGUCGUCCCCUUAGAUCUUCCCGGAGCGGCCGCUCGAGAGAGCCCGGAGGUGGCCGGGGAGCGGGGCAGAGGUCGCUUUCGGGGCUCAGUCGGUGCUGUCACGAACACGUCGUUUUUCCUCCCUCUUCCGCUGUCUCUGCCUUUUCGACCGGCUGUCAGUUUGAAUUACCAACGCCGCGCACCGAUUGGGAGAGCUAGAGUUCGCCCAGGUCCCGCAUUGGAAGGUUCUGGGGCCUUCCCCUGACGAGAUCUUAUUGGCAUGGGGACUGCCCGCCCCGCCCCAGUAACGGUGCCGAGAUCAACUCUGCUCUUUGGUUGGCUGAACUUGGCUCCGCCUCCUACCUCAUUGGCCCGCUCCGGGAGGUUUAGGCUAACCCCUACUCCCGCCCCCGUGAAAGCGGCAAGGCUCGCCCUUCGCUCAUCUUACUGGAAGACAUUCUGCAUUGCCCACCGGUCUCUACUCUCUAUUGGCUAAAGAUCUCCGCAACGCCCCUCCUCUCUACCCCGGUCCAAUUGGUCGUGUCUUCUCUAAAGAGUUUGUGUUUGGUUGUUGGUUCCGCCUUAAUCCCGCCCACCAAUUCUACUUAAGGUUCUGACAACCCGGGGAGGAGCAUAUUUUGUGACCACGCCUCGGUGGUGCUAGUCACACCUCCAAGUUUCGCUAGCUCCUCCUCCUCAGUACUGGCCUCUCGGGAUCAACUAUUCUUACUGGCUAUAGGCCCCAUCGGUCGAUAGAAAGCGGGCGGUGAUUGGCAAGGGGGUGGGUUCUACUUCCCGGCGGGGUCCUGCGGAGUUGGCGGAGGCUCCUCAGGGGACUAGGGGACUGAACUGCGUAGAAGCGGGUGGCGGGGAAGAGAGGGUAGGCGAGCUCUGAGUGGGAAGCGGAGCCGGGGGCCUGGGACCGUCGCGUCAGAGCCAGGCAAGUGAACCGGAGCAAACGACUUCCGAUCCAUUCCGCGCUGCUGUGGCUCCCGUUUGGGAUUUGAUUUGCAGCAUCUUCGAGACUGUACAACAAAAAACCGCGAAGCACGCCCAGCCGUUGCCCGGCGCCCCGAUACGCACCCACUCCCUCUCGGGGACACAACUGGGCGCGUCCACACCCCCGCACCCCCACACCAUGCUCUUGUGCGGAAGGACUUCCACUCCCAGCCUGUGUCGUUGAUGUCAGACCCCGGGCCAGCCUCCGGGCGCUGCAGUUCUCCCGGCUAAUGCUGAGGCUGCGGCUCGGGCUGUAGCACAGGAACAGCCGCCGCCGCAGCCGGCCCGGCGCCCACCGUCUGCAUGUGCCAGCCUUAGCCGCCUGCCCAGCCCGCAUACCGCGCUCACCGGAGCGCUGGAGACCACCGCGGGGCCCCUUCUGCCCUUGGGAGAAGUGGUCUUGGAGGUAUUGAUUUCGGUGGUUGGAUUUUUCCCGUGGAUCUAUCAAUUCACAAUUCGAAUUUGGAAGAAAGAAGGAAAACAUGACGUCUCCAGCUAAAUUCAAAAAGGAUAAGGAGAUCAUAGCAGAGUACGAUACUCAGGUCAAAGAGAUCCGCGCUCAGCUCACAGAGCAGAUGAAAUGCCUGGACCAGCAGUGUGAGCUCCGGGUGCAGCUGCUACAAGACCUCCAGGACUUCUUCCGAAAGAAGGCUGAGAUCGAGAUGGACUACUCUCGCAACCUGGAGAAGCUGGCCGAGCGCUUCCUGGCCAAGACACGCAGCACUAAGGACCAACAGUUCAAGAAGGAUCAGAAUGUUCUCUCUCCAGUCAACUGUUGGAAUCUUCUCUUAAACCAGGUGAAGCGGGAGAGCCGAGACCAUACCACCCUGAGUGACAUCUACCUGAAUAAUAUCAUUCCUCGAUUUGUCCAAGUCAGUGAGGACUCAGGAAGACUCUUUAAAAAGAGUAAAGAAGUCGGCCAGCAGCUCCAAGAUGAUUUGAUGAAGGUCCUGAACGAGCUCUACUCGGUCAUGAAGACAUAUCACAUGUACAAUGCCGACAGCAUCAGUGCUCAGAGCAAGCUCAAGGAGGCUGAGAAGCAGGAGGAGAAGCAAAUUGGCAAAUCGGUAAAGCAGGAGGAACGGCAGACCCCACGCUCCCCUGACUCCUCGUCCAAUGUUCGCAUUGAGGAAAAGCAUGUCCGGAGGAGCUCAGUGAAGAAGAUUGAGAAGAUGAAGGAGAAGCGCCAAGCCAAGUACACGGAGAAUAAGCUGAAGGCCAUUAAAGCCCGAAACGAGUACUUACUGGCUCUGGAGGCCACCAACGCGUCUGUCUUCAAGUACUACAUCCACGACCUGUCUGACCUGAUUGAUCAGUGUUGUGACCUAGGCUACCAUGCUAGCCUGAACCGGGCCCUGCGCACCUUCCUCUCCGCCGAGUUAAAUCUGGAGCAGUCAAAGCACGAGGGUCUGGAUGCCAUCGAGAAUGCAGUGGAAAACCUGGAUGCCACCAGUGACAAGCAGCGCCUCAUGGAGAUGUACAACAAUGUCUUCUGCCCACCUAUGAAGUUUGAAUUCCAGCCCCACAUGGGGGACAUGGCUUCCCAGCUCUGUGCCCAGCAGCCUGUCCAGAGUGAGCUGGUACAGAGAUGCCAACAACUGCAAUCUCGCUUAUCCACCCUGAAGAUUGAGAAUGAAGAGGUGAAGAAGACAAUGGAGGCCACCCUGCAGACCAUCCAGGACAUUGUGACUGUUGAGGAUUUUGACGUGUCUGACUGCUUCCAGUACAGCAACUCCAUGGAGUCUGUCAAGUCCACAGUCUCAGAAACCUUCAUGAGCAAGCCCAGCAUCGCCAAGAGGAGGGCCAACCAGCAGGAGACAGAGCAGUUCUAUUUCACGAAAAUGAAGGAGUACCUGGAGGGCAGGAACCUCAUCACCAAGUUACAAGCCAAGCACGACCUGCUCCAGAAAACCCUGGGAGAAAGUCAGCGGACAGAUUGCAGUCUGGCCAGGCGUAGCUCAACCGUGAGGAAACAGGAUUCCAGCCAGGCAAUUCCUCUGGUGGUAGAAAGCUGUAUCCGGUUCAUCAGCAGACAUGGACUACAACAUGAAGGAAUUUUCCGGGUGUCGGGAUCCCAAGUGGAAGUCAACGACAUCAAAAACGCCUUUGAGAGAGGAGAGGACCCCCUGGCUGGGGACCAAAAUGACCAUGACAUGGACUCCAUAGCUGGCGUCCUGAAGCUUUACUUCCGGGGGCUGGAACACCCUCUCUUCCCCAAGGACAUCUUCCACGACCUGAUUGCCUGCGUCAUAAUGGACAAUCUGCAAGAGAGAGCGCUGCAUAUCCGAAAAGUCCUCCUGGCUCUGCCCAAAACCACUCUGAUCAUCAUGAGAUACCUCUUUGCCUUCCUUAGUCAUUUAUCACAGUUCAGUGAAGAGAACAUGAUGGACCCCUAUAACCUUGCCAUCUGCUUCGGGCCCUCGCUGAUGUCAGUGCCUGAGGGCCACGACCAGGUGUCCUGCCAAGCCCACGUGAAUGAGCUGAUCAAAACCAUCAUCAUCCAGCAUGAGAACAUCUUCCCAAACCCCAGGGAGCUGGAGGGCCCUGUCUACAGCAGAGGAGGAAGCAUGGAGGAUUACUGUGAUAGCCCUCAUGGAGAGACUACCUCUGCUGAAGACUCAGCCCAGGAUGUGACCACAGAGCACCACAUGAGCGAUGACGAGUGUGAGCCCAUCGAGGCCAUUGCCAAGUUUGACUACGUGGGCCGGACAGCCCGAGAGCUGUCCUUCAAGAAGGGGGCAUCGCUGCUGCUGUACCAGCGGGCUUCCGACGACUGGUGGGAAGGCAGGCACAAUGGCAUUGAUGGACUCAUCCCCCAUCAGUACAUCGUGGUCCAAGACACCGAGGACGGUGUCGUGGAGAGGUCCAGCCCCAAGUCUGAGAUUGAGGUCAUUUCUGAGCCACCUGAAGAAAAGGUGACAGCCAGAGCGGGGGCCAGCUGUCCCACUGGGGGUCAUGUAGCCGAUAUUUAUCUUGCAAACAUCAACAACACCUUACAUCUUGAGAACACAAAACUCACAGCUACCAAGCAGAGGAAGCGGCCAGAAGCUGGGAACAUCCGGAAAACAUUUCGGAGUGACAGCCAUGGGCUGAGCAGCUCCCUGACGGACUCCUCCUCCCCAGGGAUGGGGGCCAGCUGCCGCCCAUCCUCCCAGCCCAUCAUGAGCCAGAGUCUCCCCAAGGAAGCGCCCGAUAAGUGUUCCAUCAGUGGGCACGGAAGCCUCAACUCCAUCAGCCGCCACUCAUCCCUGAAGAAUCGGCUGGACAGUCCACAGAUCCGGAAGACGGUGACAGCCGGAAGGUCAAAAAGCUUCAAUAACCAUCGGCCCGUGGACCCAGAGGUCAUUGCACAGGACAUUGAGGCAACUAUGAACUCUGCCCUGAAUGAGCUGCGGGAGCUGGAGCGGCAGAGCAGCGUCAAGCACACUCCUGACGUGGUUCUGGACACCUUGGAGCCCCUCAAAACCUCCCCAGUGGGGGCCCCCACAUCAGAGCCCUCCAGCCCCCUGCACGCCCAGCUCCUCAAGGACCCUGAGCCCGCCUUCCAGCGCAGCGCCAGCACUGCUGGGGACAUCGCCUGCACCUUCCGGCCUGUCAAGUCUGUCAAGAUGGCUGCCCCAGUCAAACCACCAGCCACCCGACCCAAGCCUGCCGUCUUCCCCAAAACAAAUGCCACUAGCCCUGCUGUCAAUUCAUCAGCUUCCCCACAGUCCACUGACAAGUCUUGUACUGUCUGAUAGAUAUAAUUUAAUUGUUCUAGACAAGGGGACUGUAGGGACUGAAGACUGUUAUUACAAUCUUCCUAUUUAACUAGCUUGGGGACUUCAGUUGAAAAUUAGAUUCUAAGUUGUUCUUGCAGGAAUUAGCCUCCCAUCACCCAAAACCUUGAGAAUGAUGCCCUUGUUAAUGCCCCUACCUUACCUUCCCAUCCCCCGUCCUCUGCUUCCCCCAGUCGUCGUAAUCCAGCCAGCUCCAGUACGUACCAUUCUUAGGUUAGUCGGAGAUAGACUUCUUCAUUAUCAGGUCACUGUGAAAUCUGGCAAGGCAAGCCAUGACGAUGUGGGCUCAAGCCACAGGGGAUGCGUGACCAGAUGGUUGGCUACCGACAUCCAACUCCCAGUGGCGUCUUGUUUUGGGUACUGACUAUAGAGAAUCAUAGAUAGUCCAUUCUUUGUCUUACACACACACACACACACACACACACACACACUUACACUUGUAGGUUUUUCUAGUCUCUGGCAUGUGUAGCCUCUCCUGGUUCUAGACCAGUCUCUUUGUAAGUUAUUGUGGCAGUUCACACAGGAGCCACCAGGGGUCUCUGUUUCCAUUACAUCCUUGUUCUGUCUGGGCCAGAGAGCCUAGCCUUUGAAAUCUCUCCAUCGUAUUGAGUUUAGCAGGAUGGGACUCAGUCCUGUAAUCUGUCUUCUUUCUAUUGGUGUGUAUUGGUCAUUGGUGUUUGCUUUUGCUCUCCUCCCUUCCAUCCUUUGGAAGUACAACCCACUCUUAUUAAGGAGCUUCUAACGUUUUUCUGAAUGUACAGACAUUUCUCGGGUUCUUAUCUUCGUCUCUGAUGGACCAUUUUCCAUUUAAGACAUUUUCCUGUAUAAGACAGUUUUAUAGCUGGUUCCUUUUAGGGUAAAGAAUCUUAAAAGAGUUUUAUUAUAUAUAUGGCAGGUUUGAAAAAGGUAAGAAAUGGGUCCUUCCUCUUCCUACUUUUUUAGGCACUUAAAACAUAAAAUUCAUUAUCCUAUGUAUAUAUUAAAAACAAAAAAAUCAGCUUUGCUAACCCAAAAAUUGUCCUAGUGAACACUUGUUCUAUAUUUAGCCCUAAGUUUGAUUAUUAUACAAGGUCUCUCUUCAGGGACCAAGAGGGCUUAGAGAGCUGGAGUUUGAUUAAAGAGAGAGACACUGUCCCUGUCUAACAAGAACAACUAAGGGAGUUGGACUCCACAGCUCUAAGUCUUCCUAAGGCCAGAAUCUGAAGUAAAUAAAAUAUUGGUUGCUGUAUAUUUUGGCCUUUUUUCUGAUUCCCCUCCCAAAGGAGAAAAUGAUACCCUUGUCUGCUCUAAUGCAGUCUCCAAACCUGGUGCCCACUAGUCCCCGCCCCUGCUAUGCCAGGAGUACCAGGCUGGAGACAUUUACAUCCUAGGCUCAUGGGUCUCAGACAGCUACUUGAGUUAAAGCUGAAACUCUUAUGUUUUCUAGUUUUAAAACUGUGCUUUAAGCCUCAAUGCUUUCUAUACUUCGCGAGAGAUGAUGGGUUGCCGUUAGGGAGGAAAAUCUGAAUUUUCUUCUCUUUGGCCUAGAAGAUAAUUUUAGACCAACCUUUUGAAGUUGGUAGUUGGAUCUAUGGAAGAUGGUGGAUUUUCCAUUCUGUAUGAAGAAAAAGAGUUGCUUUGUGGGAAAUCACUAAUUAGAAGGAUAUUCUGUAACAGUUGUUCCAGGGGAAAAAUUCCAAGAGCUAGAAGGGAGAACUAAAGACUUUUGUAGUACAAUGAGUCAGCCUGUAAGAGGCAACCCACAGUCCUUUGAAUUCUUGGGUUUUGUUGCUGUUUAGUGGCCUGUCCUGCUCUGUCACCUGGGCUUACACAGGUCCUGAGCCAACAGGGGACUUUCAUACCCAAGGACCUGUUUCCUUGGCCAAAAAUGAAACCCCACCCUUCACUUUACAUUCCUCUUAAUCCAACUGAUCAAAUUGGUACCCAUACUUGCCCUUGUCCCCUCUCCAGUACACUCACCUCUGAGAAAGUAAAGGCAAAGCUUUCUUAAUGACAAAGUUUUGGACCUAUUCUGUUGCUUCCUGCCUUAUUUCUGUUUCAUCCUUGUACAUGACUUGUGUUCACCAUCCCCUUGGUCAGUGUGCAUCUGCUUAUUUGCAUCAUGAACUGAACAGUGUGUGAGUGGUCACCUACUAAACCAAGUCUUAGCUCCCGACCCUGGGAGCCGAGUUGUCUUCCCCAUCUCUGGUGCUGUUGACACCUGUGAGAUGGUCCUGUCGAGAGGACUAGGGACCCACAGGAAGAGAGUCCUUCUUGGCAGAGCUCAUUGCAAUCAACUGGAAUUGAGGUUGCACACUGUGAUUUUACACCAAAAAGCCAAAAGGAGCUGGCCACCCAGGGCCUAGGGAGACCAGGCUUCCUCGGUUAUGUCUGCCUAAACCAGCGUGAUGCAUCAAAGAGCCCUGCUCUGCCUCUCGUGGCACGGAUCCUCUUCCUGGUGUGAACUCUGAAGGGUCAGUCUUUCUGGGAGAGAGGUGGGGUGGGGCUGCCAGCAUCCUCAUUUGGAAAACAGGAGUUUGCAGCCAGCAGCCUGUAAACUGGAAACACUGGUCUCAGCCAACCUCCUCAGGGCGCCCUGGUUCCUCCCCAAGGAGAAGAGGAGAGAUGACGCCAGCAACAAGAUGAACAGACCGCUGGAAGGGCUGGUGUAUACGUACUUAAUGUUCAGAAGAGAAAUUAGAUCUUCCAGGGAAUUGCAAUGUUGUGGCGUCUGACUUGUAUGUCACGUUUGUGUAAAAUGGUAUAUUCUUUAAAAUAGUGUUGAUAACUGGAAUAUUGUAUGUAUGCUUGGAGAUGCUUUGUAUGAACCUAAGACUGUCACUCAACAGAUGUUGGAUUGGGGAAAAUCCAAAGCACAACUUCAAAAUAAAAUACAUUUUUAGGUUUCCAUGCUGCA